AUGUUCUCCGAAUACGCAUCUCGGUUUCUCGCGCAGUCUCAGUCGCGCAUCAACUUCGCUCCCGCUGAGGAACGUCGGUCUGGAGAUGACCGUCCCCGACGACAGAACCAGAACUGGAGGUCGUCGACAGCGUCCAGGACUUUAAAUCCUCGUGCCCCCAAUCCCUAUCAACCGACGUCGUCCCAGCUGUCCGCCUUCCCCUUUGCGUCUCGCCUGAACCCGCAACAAGCCCCUCUCUUCUAUAGCGCCACCGAUGAGUUCCGAGAAGAAAACGACGAGGAGGAGCACGAACGAGAAAUUGCGGACUAUUAUGCUCUGCAACGCUCAAGACGCCAACUCGGAGCCAGUGAUCUGAAGGCCUCUUCAAACACGGAUGAUGAUGGAAGUGACGCCAGCCUGAACGGAGCCGACCGUCAUCAUGAUGACAUCCAGGAUCGAAAUCUUGGAAGAGGAGGUGGUAUUAGAAGUUCAUGGCAUGGCGGUGCCCCAAAAACACGACGAAGGGGAGCCGAAUUGGCCGAUCUGGCCGAAUCCACCGAAGAACAACCUGGUAGCCUCAGUCCAAGCGCUUCACGACAUCGGAUGGUCGACAUUGGGUUAGGGGACACCUCGAGGAGUGACUCUGGUGAUGAUCCCCCGGAGGAUUUGAUGGAGAAUCCACCGUCCAUUCAACAGCUACGAAAACCAGGCCCCAGCCCGAAAGAUGACGAUGACUCAGAUGAAUCAGAUCUGGAAAAUGCGCAGAGACGACUGCUUGGACAGUCGAGAAACUACUCGGGAGAAGAGUCUGCUCCCGAUGAUAUCCAACAAAGUCAGCAACCUAGACAUGACGCUUUCUGGGGCCAACUCUACAUGCUUGCUCUUGCAGCGAUGUGCACGACGUGGUUCUUGGUCUUUCUACACACCCAGUCACCGAGCAAGAAACAGCCCCUUGGUGAUACCGUCUACACGACUCUUCACGGGUCCUUUUAUCUUUUGGCGACUUAUACCCUUGUAGCGACCUUCGUUUCAUUGUUUUGGCUUGCAGCGCUCCGAUCAUACGUUCGAUACCUCGUCUACGGCAUCCUGGUUGCGGUUCCAGUCAUCCUCUACUCCUUCUCGCUGUAUCCUUUGAUCUCCAGUUACAAAGGAUCGUGGCACGGCUCGAGUAUUCAAGAUACCGUCAUGAGAUGGAGUUCAAUUGUGCCGGCGGUCAUGGCGACCCUGUGGAUCCUGGCGGUCAUCCGGGGUCGAUUAGUCAUGCAGAGGGCCAUUUCGAUACUGGAAUUUGCCACUAGAAUACUGGCUGCCAAUCCGACAUUGGUAUUGGUGGGAUUUGCUGUCCUGGGAUUCAUUAUCGGCUUUACGUGGAUAUGGCUGUCCAUGUUCACACGGGUCUUUCUGGGUGGACAUCCCUCGACGCGCUCGACCAUCAGCAAAUUCGUCAUCGACACGUCCACGUGGUGGUUGGGUGUUUAUUUUAUACUGGUUUACCUCUGGACCAUUGCGAUUGCUUUCGGAAUGCAACGGACGAUCACCUCGGCAACAGUUUCGCAGUGGUAUUUUCAUCGCCUGGCAGUGCCCGCACCCACGUCUCAAGCCAUCGUGAAAGCCGCGUUGUAUCACUCUUCAACGACCCUCUUCGGCACCAUAGCCCUCUUUACCGGGCUCUGCCUGUUGGCUCGACUCCCUCUCCUCAUCUUGCCUCGACGAUUAACCAUGCUCCUUGGAGUCGCAAUGUAUUCAUUCAUCCCGAGCCCCAUCGCUGUUUUGAUCAAUCCUCUUACACUCACGUAUGCCGCCAUCCAUUCGCAGCCUUUGAGUGUCAGCGCAAGAGGACUUUCGCAGAUGCACUUUCUCACCCCGAAUAAUGCUGCCACCUCAUUGCAUCCACAAACUUUCAACCGACGUCAGAGAAGCGACGGGUGGUCUCGCGAUACCGCACCACUUUUGUCCUAUCGAUUAGCGAAACUUCUCCUUCAUGCCACACGCUUCAUCAUGUCACUGGCCUUGGGUUUUGGUGGUUGGGUUACAACAGCACGAUCUUUACGACUCGAGGGAAGUGGGGUGCGGGGAAGUCUUUACGCCUACGUCGUUGGUUUGAUAGCCGGAGCCAUUGGCUGGGGUAUUCUUGGAGCCAUGGAAGGUGUUCUGGUAUGCAUUGUCGAUGCUGUCGUGGUCUGCUGGGGCAGCGAAGUGGGUAGUACGGGAACUGGGGAGGUCAGAUAUUGUAGAGAGGCAGGACAACUGUUCAGCGAAGAUGAGGACAGGAUGGGAGGACGCGUCAGUCUGGCAUGA